AUGGCCAGGAUUCCUGGAGUUGGAAGAUCUUCAGCUUUACCAUCUCAGGAGACCAAGGAGGAAAAUGAAAGUGACGUGGUCCUUCCUACUAGUCCCAAGGACCCUGACAGAGGACACGCUGAGCAGCUGGCACACUCAGAGUCCUCUGACCUUGACCUGAACAUGCAGUCACCACCCCGAAGCCUCCCUGCUGGGCUCAGCCUGGAUGACUUCAUCCCUGGCCACCUCCGGGCAUACACGGGGUCAUCUUCCCAUGGGUCCCGGGUGCCUGUGAUCAGGAAUGGUGGCUCCAACACCCUUAAUUUCCAGUUCCAUGAUCCUGCACCCCGGACCGUGUGCAACGGGUGCUUCCCACAGAGGAGUGAUGCUUCCCAACACCCAGACACAGCGUGGUAUCAGACCUGGCCGGGCCCUGGGACCCGGCCCUCGGGGAGCUCAAAGGCCCCUGCCCCUCAGCGUACCCAGAACUGGUCAGCCACAUGGACCAAGGACAGCAAGCGUCGGGACAAGCGCUGGGUCAAGUACGAGGGAAUCGGACCCGUGGAUGAGAGCGGCAUGCCCAUUGCCCCACGAUCUAGUGUGGACAGCCCCAGGGACUGGUACCGGAGAAUGUUCCAGCAGAUUCACCGGAAAAUCCCAGACCUGCAGCCGGACUGGACCUUUGAGGAACCACCCAAAGAUUCGAUUCAUCCUGGGUUCCAGAGAAGACCUGCUUGCAGGCCAGGCCCAGCGGGGACGCUGAGCGGAAGCAGCUGGGGCCUCUCACAAGAGUUUCCUGGCCACACUUUCAACUAUAAUCCUCUGCUGCAGACCCAGAAUCAGGUGCCCAGGCGCCGAGACAGGGUAGACAAUGUCUGGAAAGAAGACUCCUGGAACCAAUUUCUGCAAGAACUAGAGACUGGGCAAAGGCCAAAGAAAUCCUUGGUGGAUGAGCCUGUUGAUAAGCCCUCUCAACCCAUUGAGGUCCUCCUGGAGAGAGAGCUAGCCAAGCUGAGCGCAGAACUGGACAAGGACCUGCGGGCCAUUGAGACUCGGCUGCCGUCUCCCAAGAGCUCUCCAGCGACCCGAAGAUCUCCGGAGCUCCGAAGGUCCCCGGAGCAGCGGCACCCGGCCGGCCCUGCCACAGCCUGGAGCUCCAAUUCCCCGCAUGUACAUUACCCGGGGCCCUCGCGAUCCCUGAGCCCCCACAGGAUGGCAGAUGGAGGAAGCCCCUUCCUGGGUCGGAGGGACUUUGUCUACCCUUCCCCAACCCGAGACUCUAAUGCCUCUGAUCCAGGGGGCAGCCCAGUCAGGAAGGAAGAGAAGAAGAGGAAAGCUGCUCGCCUCAAGUUUGACUUCCAGGCACAGUCUCCCAAGGAGCUGACCCUACAGAAGGGUGACAUCGUCUACAUCCACAAGGAGGUGGACAAGAACUGGUUGGAGGGGGAGCACCAUGGCCGUCUGGGCAUCUUCCCUGCUAAUUAUGUGGAGGUGUUGCCAGCUGAUGAAAUCCCCAAGCCCAUCAAGCCACCGACCUAUCAGGUGCUGGAAUAUGGAGAAGCCCUGGCCCAGUACAACUUCAAGGGGGAUCUGGACGUGGAGUUGUCCUUCCGAAAGGGGGAGCGCAUCUGCCUGAUCCGGAAGGUGAACGAAAACUGGUAUGAGGGACGCAUCUCGGGCACAGGGCGCCAGGGCAUCUUCCCCGCCAGCUACAUCCAGGUGUGCCGUGAGCCCCGGCUGCGGAUCUGCGAUGACAGCCCCCAGCUCCCUGGAUCACCUCACCUGCCCUCCACUGCCCGUCUGGCCCGGAACCCCAGCUCCCCCUCCACCCCUCGCAGACCAGCCAACCCUACGGACUGGGGGGGCCCAGCCUCACCUCUCAGCUCGAGCUUCUCUUUACCUACCCAGGAGACAAGACCGCAGGCCGAGAGUCUCAAUACCCCCGGAUCAGCUCAGCUCAGUCCUCGAGGUGCCAACCAUCCCCUGGACCUGGGAGUCUCCUCCUCUUCCUCCUCCUCCUCUACUACCACUCAGAUCCAAUGGACCCCAUACCAGGCGAUGUACCACUACCGGCCCCAGAAUGAGGAUGAGCUGGAGCUGCAGAAGGGGGAUCGGGUGGACGUCAUGCAGCAGUGUGAUGAUGGCUGGUUCGUGGGUGUCUCCCGGAGGACCCAGAAAUUUGGGACAUUUCCUGGAAAUUAUGUAGCCCCGGUGUGA